CCGGUGCCCGGGCGGCCGCCCGCCCCGCGGCCGCCGGCGCACAAGGCGGCCGAGAAGACGACCCGCGUGCGCACGGUACUCAACGAGAAGCAGCURCACACGCUGCGGACCUGCUACGCCGCCAACCCGCGCCCCGACGCCCUCAUGAAGGAGCAGCUCGUGGAGAUGACGGGGCUGAGCCCGCGCGUGAUCCGCGUGUGGUUCCAGAACAAGCGCUGCAAAGACAAGAAGAAGUCGCUACUCAUGAAGCAGCUCCAGCAGCAGCAGCACAGCGACAAGACGAGCCUGCAGGGCCUCACCGGGACGCCGCUGGUGGCCGGCAGCCCCGUGCGGCACGAGAGCGCCGUGCAGGGCAGCGCCGUCGAGGUGCAGACCUACCAGCCGCCCUGGAAGGCGCUCAGCGACUUCGCGCUGCAGAGCGACCUGGAGCAACCCGCCUUCCAGCAGCUGGUCUCCUUCUCCGAGUCCGGCUCCCUGGGCACGUCGUCGGGCAGCGACGUGACCUCGCUGUCCUCGCAGCUCCCCGACACCCCCAACAGCAUGGUGCCCAGCCCGGCCGAGACGUGA